UUUCCAUAUUAGUUCAGAGCCUUCUCUGUUUCCAAAUAGCAGCCGAGCUGGGCUUAUGGUGAGAGGAGGCUUUGGCAGGGAGGGGAAGGGAAGGGGAGAGAGGCAGACGGCAGGCAGGCUCAUCCACCCCAAACAGUGCAACAGUAAAAGUCGAGAGUACAGAAAGGGAGAAGAGUGUAAAGAAAGGAGGAGAAAUGGGGCAGGGGCAGAAAGGUUCCUCAGACAAGAAGGAGGGCAAGAAGAAGAAGAAGAGAGAUGAAAGCCCAGCGCCAGAGGACGGCCAUAAGUGCAGAGUCUGUCGCUUCCCUCUGCUCGUCGCCCUGCUCCAGCUGCUGUUGGGGGUGGCCGUCACAGUCGUGGCCUUCCUUAUGUUGGCCACCAGCCCCUCACUUCUGGCCAGGGAGACGCCACACUGGGCUGGAAUCAUUCUGUGUUUAGUUUCCAUCGUGGGCUUCAUCCUGUACUGCAUCACCUACCGCCGUGACGAGAGAUCGUCUUUGCAAUUCUGUGUCAAGCUUCUGUACUUCAUCCUCUGUACAAUCGGCCUGGUCAUAUCAGUGCUGGUUAUGGCGUUUGCCGGACACCACCACAGACAGACAGGUAGCUUCAGCUGUGAGCAGACGGGAGAGGACUGCGUGUGCACGCUGGAUGAAAACGACCCAAUAGCCCGCACCUUCACCUACGAGGGAGUCAGCAGCUGCGAGGACAUCACCGGGACACUCUCACUCUACUUCCUGAUCCAGAUCCUGCUGAACCUGGCCCAAGCAAUAGUCUGUGCCGUCGGUGCCUUUAUCAUGUGGAAGCACCGUUAUCAGGUCUUCUUCGCCGGCCUACAGAUCGGCUCUCCCUCCUCUCAGCAGUGGCACAAGGUUUAACACCAUGAUGACAGAGUUGAUGGGAUGACUGCGAUCAGUCAGAUCAGUUUGGAGGGUAGUGCCAGCAGUGUGAUUACACUCUGUGGGACGGGGACAUUUGCCUUUUUGGUGUGUGCCGAAGUGUGUUUUCUUUGAUGAGUUUAUAUUAACCUUUUGUGGGAGUUGUAUUAUUAUGGCUUUUUGCACAGAUUUUGUAUACCAUAUAAGUAACUUUAUACUUCUAGUUUCCAGUGUUAUAAAAGAUAACUUGAAUAGAUGAAAGGAGCAAAACAAGUGGUUUAUUUACAGAUAAUUUUUCCACAUUUAUAAUUAUCUUGCUCUCGUGAUGUACAUAAUAUAAUCACAAGACAAAUUAUGAGCACAACACUGAAACCAAAAUAGCUCAUUUUGUUAUGCACUUGACUCCAAAAAUACACACAAUAGCAACAUUUCCUUUGGUUUGAGUUACUGAGUUUUAAUGAUCACGAUUAGUUCCAGUAAUACUUUGAGUGGCAAACUGAAUCACUGUGUUGUCGGAUUAGGUUUGCAAAAUGUUAAAUGGCACUGCCUUAAGCUUUGUUUUCACUCAGAAAAAAAAGUCAAAUAUUGUCUAAAUGCUGUAGCAAAUAUUAGUGACACAUCCUUUUACGUCUUAAUUCUAAAAAAAAAAAUCUGUAUUAGUUUAUUGCCUUACAAUGAGAACACAUUAGACGUUGUAUUCAAGUUUUUCACUAUUAUUUGCAGCUGCCUGCUGUAACUCAUUUUCAGUGUUUGACACACAACAAAAGCAAACUAGGUGCAUUAACUCCAUGAAUAUCCUCUGUUUUGUCUCUUUUUCUACUAUAUAAACUGCAGCUCUGUAAAUAUCGCAUAAAAACUUGAUAUAAAACAACAGCAAAGUACUUUUAAGCUUAAAGAAGUAGCCCCUUUAAUACUCCAAACAGUCCAAAACAGAUCCUGACAGCAGUAACACAAGCUGGGCAGGGUACACUUCAUGAGACUGGAUCCAGACUGAACUGGGCUGUGGCUUGCGAAGGUGGAUGCCAGGCCAGUAGCCAGCAUGACUCAAACAGCCUGUAGGAGUCAAACUACUGCAGCCACAAAGGGAGGGGGGAAGGGGCCGGGGUGAGGAAAGGGGGGACUCAGACAGGCAGCUGGACGGAGGUCACUAAAUCAUCUCACGGUGUUUACAGCGUCUCGGGUUGUUUUCGUUCAGGCAGGACAGAGCAAAAGGGGUGAAACAACCACAGUAUUGUAGGUUUGUAUUUUUAAGAAGGCUUUGCCCUGCGCAGAGGUUCAGCUUUAUUUUGUUCUUACUCUCGUCUCAGGUGCCAACAGCAGUCGCCUACAGUCUAUACAUGCUGAGCAGGGAAUGGUAAACGUGAGGCAGUUUCCGCAGCAAAUUAGAUGAACCAUGUGCCCAGAGGGAGAGUGUAAUUAGUGUGCAAUGCAAUCUACUUUCUCAAUGCUGAAAAAAAAGGUUGAUUGACUGGAAAAGAUGUAAAAAAUGAUGUUUAUUUUUCACCAAGUGUGGUGUUUGAGUGAGGGAAAAAAACCUGCCAACAAGUGCAUUUCCUCUUUCGAGACUAUCAUGCUGUUUGUGGUUACAAAUACAAAUUUUUGUUUCAGUUAUGCGCAGUUUCCUUUUUCCUGUUGUGUCACCACACACACGCAGUUAAUACGCAGAGGGAGCCAAUUCAGACCAAAGUAUUACUCAUAUUCAAAUGAAGGGACAUGCCUUUGUCAUUAAUUUCAUUGUUACCAGUAAAGACUGAAAACUGAGCAGAAACAGAAUCAGUGAGCAUCUGUAGCUAUGAAUCUUCCACACCAUAAGGCCUGCAUAUUAAAACAGAAUUAAUCAUCCAUAUUGACACGAAUUAUAUAGUUCCAAAAGUUAAAGGGAAAGUUAGCCAUCUUUUAUAUGGAUGUCCAAUCAGUGUGGAUGGUAAAUAAAGUGGAUUAAAGUAAUAAAUUCCUCAGUGUGUGCUAUAUUGACUGAGAAAGCUGAGUUCACAGCCGCAAAAUCUGUUGUUCUUCCUGCAUCCAGUGAUGUCAUUUGAUGCCACAGUGACAUCAUUGGAGGCAGGAAGAGCAACAGGCUAUUUCAGCUUGCGUGCUCUAGAUGCCAUUCAAAAAUCCUUGUUCUCUUCAGUUGCAAACUAGCUAAAGAGGAUACAUUUCACAGUGUUUUGGCUGAUUAGAUAUUCAGCCGUAUUUAUUCGAGCAAAAGUAUAUGGACGAAGAAAUGCAGCGGAGACAGGACAAAGCUGCGGCCGUGCGAGCCAGGCAAGAGGAUAUGACCAGUGGAGAGCCUCCAGAACCUGAGCUGCUGAGGCCAAACACUGACUGGUGUUGCCUUUCCUCAAAUUACCCUUCAAUACCAACAGAAACUGAGUCAUUCUGCUGCAAUGAAUUUCAGCACAGGCACUUUUUGUUAAACGCUGUCACCAUGCCACCCCCGAAAGAGCCCAUGUGUGUAUCAAGUUUUACUUUUCACUCAGACAGAGGUUUGUUGGAGACCUUCAGGAUCCUAAAGUUAAAACGGAAAAGAUAACUGAGACCAGCAGGGUCGAGAUGGCAGAUGGCCAUUAAGUGAGUCACCUCAUGCUUUGUUUGCGUGGCAGAAGCUCACACGCACGGCAUCCUGGUACACAUGGGCACCGACGACAGGGCUCAGGGAGCAGGAGAACUUAGGUUCUUGGUCAAUAUAGCACACACUGAGGAAUCUAUUGCUUUAAUUGACUACAUUUACCAACAGCACCAAUUGGGCAUGUACAUAAACACACACAUCUCAUGGGUCAUAAGUCAUGAUUGAGAGGGAUCACUUCUAUAUGAGUCUAUACAUUGUUUUUUUUUGUUUUUUUUAGGAAAAUCCUGCAUGGUAUACUUUUAAAAAACAUUAUCGCAUUUUUUGCAGUGAGAGCAGAGCUCAAUUUGACAACAAUCAGCAGAGAAAACUAAAAGAAGUUGUGUAUUAUUGUGGGUAAUAUUUAUUACUUCUGUUUAAUGGUGCAUUUCACACACUGUAGAAGCUCACACUGUACAUGCUGCAUGUACAUGUGAUGGAGGGCAGGCCCGAUUGCGGUGUUUUUUCCAUGUGCUUGUUCGGUGUUGUGAUGUUGAUACCUCAUGUGACUACAAAGGUUGAAACUUGCAGCCAGACACAGGAAGUCACAUGCCAGUCAUCACAGGGGCAUGUUUAUUUAUAAAAAAUGACAGUGAGGAGGGACCUUCCACCAAUCCUCCUUGGUCACUAACAACUUUCUGUGUGGUCAAUUGAUCUUUCAAGGCC